AUGAUUGAAAACAACAAAAAGAAGGAUUCAUUCCAUGCAUCGGGUUGGAAAAUUGGCUCAUGGUUGUUGUUUCCUUCUUCAAGUAUUGGACCAAUUGUUGCUACGUCUUCGGGUUCGGAGGAACAACCUAGCACUCAAUCCAAUCAAGGAAUUUCUUCAAAUGCUUGGAACCAUGGACUCUCUCAUCAUCAUCAUGGGUCCGUAAUUUUCUCUCCGACAGCAUUAAGAAUGAUUUCAAUUCUUGCAACCCUGACAUGGUUAUUUAUAUUUGGAUUACUGUUGGUAUUACUCAUUAUUUGUGGUGUGGAUAUUAAUUUCGGAAGAGCUAUUUCAUCGUGUGGAAGAGAGGAUCAUUGGUUACGGCCUUUUUUUGUGGCAACUUUUGCAGUCUAUUGGGUGAUCAUGAGUGUGUUGUUUUUCAAUAGAGCUCUCAUGCUUCAUGCUAAAUGGUUUGGUUUAGCAAAUGCUCACAGUGGAUGGUGGAGAAUGAUGUGUUGUGGAUUGACCAUGCCAAGACGACGUGUUGAAUUGAAGUCUGUGGCAUUUUGGCUCAUUUGGUCGCAAUUAUUGUUUGGACUCGUCAGCAAUUUAUUACUCUUGUUAAUGGCCAUAUUUCCUGACCAGAAAGGAACCAAGUCCUUUCACUUUGUGACAGCAUUUCUUGGAUUAAUUCUUUUACUGACCUAUACAGCAUGCUCCGUGGUCAUUCACACAUGGCGAGUCGUUAAGGUUGUGAAGAACAAAUCGACUCCAUUCGAAUUAUUCAGACGAAUAACUCAUCACGACUCGAAACAGUUUCCUUCAAAACGAACCUGGUUUUUAUUAUCGGUCACUUGUCACACAUUUGUCAUUAUUUGGCAAUUGAUUUUUGUUUUGGCAGGAUUAGGGUUUAUUCCUGCGUAUGUGAGUACGUAUAUUCCAGCCUAUGAAUGGCUUGGAGUUAGUUCCAUCAUGCUCGCUCUCUUUCCUCACACAUUCGAUACCAUGAUGACCGAUGUUGUUGACAACAGUAUCAAUGACAAGAUGUAUUUAUCAACAACAAGAAAUACGAAAGGAGAGGAUGAUGAAACGAAUAGCUUAAUUCUAAAGUAA